AUGUCCGGGCCAAAUCCUGAACGAGCAAAAGCCGGAGGUAUUCCUGAUCGUUGGUUAUAUUGCCCUAAAAUAGGACAGGUCGUAGCAGAUAUAUUUUUACCUUUCAAAGUUCCUUUGUGUUCUCUAUAUGAUGAUCAAAUCGAUAAACAAUACCGCUUUCAUCCUGAAGAUGUUUUCAAGCAUCCUAGCGUUAAGGGUAAAAAAAUUGGGCUUUGGGUGGAUUUAACAAAUACAGAUCGAUUCUAUUUUACAAAACAGGUUACUGAUCAAGGAUGUCAAUAUCGAAAAAUAAAAAUGGCGGGACAUAAGCAAUCCCCUACUGUUGAUGAAGUUGAUCAGUUUAUACGUCUCGUUCGUGGAUUCAUAAAUAGUAACCCGGGGCAAUUGGUCGCCGUCCAUUGUACCCAUGGCUUCAAUCGAACAGGUUUUGUGAUAUCCUCAUUUAUGGUCACAGUUAUGGAUUGGUCAAUUGAUGCCGCAAUACAAACUUUUGCUGGGUGUAGACCUACUGGUAUAUAUAAGCAGGAUUACAUAAAUGAUCUUUUCGAAAGAUUCGGUGAUGGCGAUGAUGAAGACAUAAUUGAAGCUCCCGAAAAACCUUCUUGGGAGUAUAAUGAGGAUAGAAGUUUCCAUGAUGUUCCCUCUACAAGUUCUGAGAAAAAGCCAGGAGGAAAAGCGAAAAAACAAUUCAUGGACGGUUUGGUUCAAGAAGUUUGUUUACUAGAGGAUGCAGAAAAAAGAAGUUUGCUUCAAGCAAAAAUCAAAGAGCUCUGUCGGUAUGACCGAAAAGGUUUCCCUGGUCUUCAGCCAGUUUCUUUAGAGUGCUCCAAUGAAAGAAACAAUCUCGAAUUCUUUAGUAAGGAGAAGUUCUUAGUUUCUUGGAAAGCUGACGGCAUGAGAUAUAUGGUGUAUAUUGGUGGCAAAGAUGAAGUCUAUGCUUUUGACCGUGAUAACGAGAUUUUCAUCAUCAACAACCUCGAGUUUCCUCAUUCUUCCGGCACUAGGCAUUUGUCUAAUACUUUGGUUGAUGCGGAAAUGAUCAUUGAAAAUGUUCCUGGAGGUACAAUGCCUAGGCUUCUGAUCUAUGAUAUCAUACAGUUCGAGGAAUUUCGAGUAGCUAAAGACGACUUCGAGAAGCGACGGUUUUGUCUCUAUAACGAAGUUAUAAAACCGAGAACAAAGGCUAUGGAGAGUGGUCAUAUGGCUAGAGAAAAGCAGAGCAUGUCCGUUCGAAUAAAGGAGUUCUGGCCUUUGGAAACUGUCCAGAAAAUUCUUUCUCCCGCUUUUCAACAAAAUCUCGGCCAUGAAGUUGAUGGUUUAAUUUUCCAACCCGUCAAAAUGCCCUAUCUUCCUGGUCGCUGUGACAAGGUUCUUAAAUGGAAGCCUCCAUCCCACAACUCAGUUGAUUUCAAGCUACAAAUCCGAAAGACUCAAAAAGAAGGCCAAUUAGCAGAACAUAUCGGAUAUUUAUACGUACAACACAGUAGUGAACCGUUCGAUCAGAUGAAAGCCACCAGAUCUCUCUUACCUUAUGAUAAUAAAAUCAUCGAAUGCACUUAUGAAGUUAAAACUAGAACGUGGAAGUUCAUGAGGGAAAGAACGGACAAGUCGCUUCCUAACUCAUUUAACACUGCCAGAUCUGUGUUCAACAGUAUGCUCCAUCCAAUAGAGAAAGAGAAUCUUAUUCAAUAUAUAAUGGCCAAAGCAUACAGGAGUCAUAAAAGGCCAAAUGAUGGACAUCGCCCUCAUCCUCCACCCAAAAUGGAGAAAAAAUAA